AUGAUACAAAAUUCCUCUGAUAAAUGUAAGACCUACAGCCAGUUUAAACUUAAAAAACUUUCCGAAUACUCGUAUUCCACUCCUGAUUUGAUAGAACUUACUCAGUUUAUUAUCUACAAUAGUAAGUUAUCAUUCGAUACUAUAAAUGAAAUAGUAGACGUAUCUGGUUUUUUUGACACCGUCAAACAAAUUUAUUAUUCAUGGCAAAAAAAUCCGGUUGCAUCAAGACAAGUUGAUUACGACUUACUAGCACUUUUAACCGUCUUCAGAGCUUCAAAUUGGUUGAAUUCAAGCCAAUAUAAAAUUCUAGAAGAGUACAUUACUGAUUUGACUGAUGGAUAUACAAAUUGGGAUGUUCUAUUUCCAGUUCAAAAUCUUCGUAUUGCAGUUGAAAGAGCUCUAAAGAGCCAAGUUACAGGGAUUGUUCAAGGAAGAAAUGGAACUGAAGUAUGGUUUAGAGAAGGACACAUAGGCUCAAAUCAAGUUUCUGGAAUGGUAAUUCUGUCCCCUUGCUAUAUCCAGAUCAAAGAUGUGAUUGAUGGAAGUAUGUAUACAUACACAGGUGGCCCAUUUCCUAUGUCUCCCUUGGAUUUUGAAGAUAUCCUAAUGAACUGCCCAAAAUCAUGGGUUUAUAAUACAUCUAUAUAUUCGUCUAAUUCAGAGUCAUCACUGUAA